CCAACGCCCUUUCGUGCAACAUGCAAUCCAUUCCUUGUGGUCGAGCGCGUGCUCAUCGAAAACCUCAAAGUCCGCAAUGUGCGGGCUUUGAGCUCAUGGAUACGCGAAGCAGCGGAAGUGUCAAAAGGCCGGUUGCCCCUCACUCACUUCAAGUUACAUACCGUGCACGGCAUGCGUCGAGAGAAAAUCCUUGACUUAGUUUCAGCAUGUCAUGGUGCUCCGCUUCGUAGGCUUGUACUCGAUGGUUUGAACUACGUCGGCGAAGAGCUCUUCCACAGCAUUGCUGACGCCUUUCCCAGUCUACAAAGCCUUGCUCUGUUAUACCGCCAAAAUGCCUUGCAACGCCAUAGUCGUGCACGUGUAUGGCCAGAGCCAACCUGGAUAUACGCGAAGUACCUCUCGAGUUUUCGACAUUUGCGGCAAUUUGCCUGGAAUUUCAGCAUUGAGCCGAUUUAUGUCGGGACGAACUACAAUCUACCAUAUAUGGAGGAGGAUUACCCUGAUCAUUGGAUUGGAGACUAUCAGCUCGAGUACUUUUCGGACUGGAGCUGCCUUGCAAAACUAUUUGUUGCGCAUUGUCCUACGCUCGAGUCGCUGAUGUUCACGUCAAACCGCGUUGCCAUGUUGGGUUUCAGUAUCUCGCAAGACAAAACUGGUCAUAUCCUAGUCGUCGCUAGCGACUCAGACUAUCUCGAUGACCAAAUAGAAGAGAUCAAUCCAUAUCAAUGGGUAAACUUAGAGCGCAGUCCAUGGAGGAUUGAUGAACGGACCUAAUGUUAGAGCUGGAGGAGGGUAAAUAACAAGGCUUACGGUAGCAGUAG